AAAAAAGAGAAAGGUUUUUUAUCAAUCAUUGCACAAACCCAUAAACAACUUUCUUCCCCUUUUCAUGUGUUCAUAAAAAUUCAUCUCUACUUGUUAAUAUAUUCAUACUCCCUUUCUUUCUGCAACUAAAUCAAAUUCACUACUUUGAAAACCAGAAAAGUUUUCAAUCCAAAAAAGCACUUCAAUGGCUACUAUCCAAAACCAAAACCAGCCCACUAAACCACUUCCAUCAUUUCUUGGUUCUCCAAGGCUUUUCACUAACAUUUUCAUGACCAAAAGUCUUUAUGAUUCAGAAUCUUCAUCACCAACUUCAGUUCUUGACACAAAACCACUAUUUACAAAAUUUGGAACUAACCCAUUUGGAUACAAACAAAACCAAGUAAAACCCACAAAAAUCUUUGAAGAAAUCAAACACCCUUUUGAGAAUUCUGAAAAUGGUAUUGCACUUGCUCUUCAAGAGAACACUAAAGAUAGCAUCUUUAAGCCUAAUAAUACUAUAAGUAGAAAGGUUUUAUUUGCAUCAAACUUAAAGAUCCAAAUCCCAACACACCCACAAGAAAAUUGUCAUGAUUUUGGGAUCAAGACCCGGAAUUUGCAGAUUCCGGGUCAUUUGAGUCCAAUUAUAUCCGGGCCAGUUAGAGGUUCAAUGGAUGGUCUGUCUUUGAGUGAAAUGGAGCUGUCUGAGGAAUAUACAAGAGUCAUCUCAUAUGGGUCUAACCCGAAAACAACCCAUAUUUAUGAUAACUGUGUUGUGGAUCCUGACCGGAAAUCUCCAUGGCAGAGCUUCCUUAGUUUCUGUCACACUUGCAAGAAAAAUCUUGAAGAUGGUUGUGACAUUUUCAUGUACAGGGGUGAGAAAGCUUUUUGCAGUGAGGAAUGCAGAUGUCAAGAAAUGAUUUUGGAUGGAUUUAUCAACCCAUAGCAAGCAAUUGUGGUUUAGGACUACUUAAAUAUAUGCUAUGUUUCUCCAUGAGUAACCAGUUUAGAGCUGGUUUAGUUUUCUUGAGUCCAAUAAAUGUGAAAUAUGUAUAAAAGGUUAGUUGGAGUGAGUUACCUUUUAAUAAAGGGAUAAUAAAUCUACAAAUAAAAUUUGUUA